AUGGCGAUCGGCGGCGCUGGCGAGGGCGACGGGGCCGGGAGCGGUGAGGGGAGGAGCGUGCUGGUGACGGGCGGCGCGGGCUUCAUCGGCACGCACACGGUGCUGCAGCUCCUGGGCAAGGGCUACGCCGUCACCGUCGUCGACAACUUCCACAACUCCGUCCCCGAGGCGCUCGACCGCGUCCGCCACAUCGCCGGACCCGCCCUCUCCGCCCGCCUCCACUUCAUCCUCGGGGAUUUGACGAUCAAGGAUGACAUCGAGAAGGUGUUCGCCGCCAGGAGGUACGACGCCGUGAUCCACUUCGCCGGGCUCAAGGCGGUGGCGGAGAGCGUGGCGCACCCGGAGAUGUACAACCGCAACAACAUCGUCGGCACCGUCAACCUCUACGACGUCAUGAAGCAACACGGAUGCAACAAGCUGGUGUUCUCGUCGUCGGCCACCGUGUACGGCCAGCCGGAGAAGGUGCCCUGCGUCGAGGACUCGCCCCUCAAGGCCCUCAACCCGUACGGCAGGACCAAGCUGUACCUUGAGGAGAUGCUGCGCGACUACCAGCACGCGAACCCGGAGUGGCGGACGAUCCUGCUACGCUACUUCAACCCCAUCGGCGCGCACGAGAGCGGCGACAUCGGCGAGGACCCCAAGGGCGUGCCCAACAACCUGCUCCCCUACAUACAGCAGGUGGCCGUGGGCAGGCUCCCCGUGCUCAACGUUUACGGCCACGACUACCGCACCAGAGACGGCACCGCCGUCAGGGACUACAUCCACGUCGUCGACCUCGCCGACGGCCACAUCGCGGCCCUCGAGAAGCUCUUCGCCACCCCUGACAUCGGCUGUGUCGCGUACAACCUCGGCACUGGCCGCGGGACCACCGUGCUGGAGAUGGUGCGCGCGUUCGAGAAGGCAUACGGCAAGGAAAUCCCGGUGAAGAUGUGCCCCAGGAGGCCCGGCGAUUCGGAGCAGGUGUACGCGUCCACCGCCAAGGCCGAGAGGGAGCUCGGCUGGAGAGCCAAGUACGGGAUCGAGGAGAUGUGCAGGGACCAGUGGAACUGGGCCAGGAAGAACCCCUAUGGCUACUGCGGCAACGCCGAGAAGGAAGACUGAUUUGAUCGUGCUACCGCUUUCGAUCGAACUCGUCGUCGCCUGAGCCUUGUACUACCUGGAAUAUGAUGUUAAUAAUCUCAGGGCAUUCAACUCUGCCCCUAAAAUGUUUCAUGUUAUCCU